AUGCCUCUUUUGGAGAUCAUUGGGGUUACUCCCGUGGGAAGGAACUUCACUAUUGCCGUUGCUUUUAUGUCACGUGAAGAUGGGGACACUUAUGCAUGGACAUUGCGAUGUUUGCGAGACAUAUUACCAAUCGGGAUAGAACCAGAAGUGAUACUGACAGAUCGUGAGCUGGGCCUACUGAAAGCAUUGCCAAACGUGUUUCCACAUUCGCAUCACAUGUUAUGUUUAUAUCACAUAAACAGAAACGUUGAGGCAAACGCGUCAAAAUUCUUGGGUAACACCAAGUUGGGUAUACUGUUCCGGAGGACGGUGUGGGCAAAAUUAGUCGAAUCUGAGACUGAGGAAGAAUACGAAUGCAACUAUAGCGAGAUAGUUAGUUUGUACGGGCAAUAUCAGAAGCUGAUAACUUACAUCAAUGAAACGUGGUUGAUUUAUAAGGAGAGAUUUGUUAAGUGUUGGACCAACAACAUCGUUCAUUUCGGUAACACGACGACUAACAGAGUAGAGAGUGCACAUCGUGCAUCGAAGCGUUGGAUCCAAACAUCGACUGGAGCUAUGGAUACAGUUCAAAAUGCACUAGAUGCGCAAGUUGACCUUCAAAUUAAUGAAUUGAAGGUGGAAAACGAAAGUAGUAGAACAGUCAGGAUGUACAGUACUUCACUGUCGUGCUUCGGUGCUUUGGUAUGUAACGUAUCACACAAAGCACUGGACCUGUUGGAUAAAGAGUACGAAAAAUUGGAAAAUAAUCCGGAUAGUUGCAACUGUUACCUAAGCCGAACCCACGGACUCCCGUGUGCGUGUAUGAUUGCAGUUAAAAUUGCUGAGGGAGAUACUUUUUAUCCGCAACAGUUACAUCCAUUCUGGAGAACGUUGGUUGUCGAGCCAAAGUCGGAUCCAUGGGAGGACGAGGAGGAACCGUUUGAUCGCACAGUUGCAAUUAAGAAAGUUCUUCUCGAUGAGUUCGAGAAGUUAUCAAACAAAGAUUACAUGUCCCAAAAAAAUGCGGCCGACUAUUUACGGGACCUAAAUAAUCCUUCUUCAACGUAUUUACAAGAGCCGACAUUUGUGAAGGCCAAGGGACGACCUAAGAAUAACUCGAUGAAGAGGAACUUGUCCGGACACGAGCACAUGAUGAAUCGGAAAUCCGAGGUUAAAUCUUCUUCCGGCUCUAGGGGUCGCAAAACCCCGACCGAAAGGACGCCAGACUCAAAAUUUAAAGCUGAUACGCCAGAGUCAAAGGUUAAAGGUCGUCCUCGCGGACGUACUAAAUCGACGGAAGAAUCAGUUGUUACUGCCGGCGACCGGGUCAAUUUCUUUUCCUUCCUUCCUCCGUUUCUCGCACAGUCUAUAGCCUCAUAUGUUAAUGUGAGGGCCGAUGGAAAUUGUGGCUACCGAUGCAUAGCCGAAGUUGUUUACGGCAGUCAAGAGAGAUGGCCACAAGUCAGAACUGACUUGGUUGAGGAGUUUAUGGAGCGUUACAAUCUAUAUGCUACUAUUUUUGGUGGGGAUGAGGGGGGUCGAAAUACAGUCGCUGAUUAUAUCUUGACAUGCAGUCAUGAGAGGGGACCGGCGCCACGGACGAAAUGGAUGUCAACAGAUAUGGGGUUGGCGAUCGCUACAAGAUACAACGCAAUGGUAUUAAUAUUCACUGAACGGGGUAGCAUCACUCACCUACCACUAGUUGGGAACCCCGCGUUAUCACGUAUUAUUCCUAUGUCGCUACAUAACGAUCAUUUUAUGAUCAUACGAGUACCGGUUUCAUGCCCUCUUCCUCGUCUCCAUCCUCAGUGGAGGUAUUUUGUAGCUCCCAAUUUACUACCUCUACGAGAUUUUUACGCGGAUCGACUUGCUUUUUGGACGACGUUGACUUCUAGGCAUAGGUAG